AUGCAAUUCAGGCCGGUGAGCAGGUUCUUCGAGUUGGAGAUGAGCGUCCGCGACUGCGAGCUGGACCAGUACGGCGUUGUCAACAACGCUGUCUAUGCUAGUUACGUCCAACGAGCACGAGAUGAGCUAGCUGCAGUCCUUGGAGUCAGCGCAUGCACGAUAGCGUGCACCGGCAACUCGAUGGCAGUCUCAGAGCAGAACCUCAAGUACCUGACUCCUCUCAAGCGCGGGGCGAAGUUUGUUGUCAAGGUGGCAAUGCAGGUGAAGGGUGCGCGGAUAUACGCUGAGCAAUUUAUCGAGACUUUGCCGGAUCACAAGCUCGUUUUGGAAGCGACGGCCACCAUCGUCUGCCUCAACAGGGAGUGCCGCCCGAUUCGCGUCUUCCCGGAUGUGUCCUCCAAGCUGUUGGACUACUUCUCGCGCCAGGAGGGACAAGUGAGAAACCAAGACUAAUAAUCUAUACUACGAAGGUAACGAUGGUAACAGUUAAUCUACCGUCUAAUAAAUAUAUUUUUUUAAAGUAACAACUAUAUUGUUUCAAAAUAAUCUUAUAUAUCGGUUCUAUUUUUUUAUCUUAAAAAACAAGUUCUAAACAAUACUAGCAUGCAUGUGUAUAAUUCAUAUUUCUCCGUAACAAAACAUCGGUAUUUAGCUAGUAAUAAAUAUAACGCUGUACUUUACUUUUUUCCUGUAUCAUCUACGGCCAUAAUUAGCUGAGGUAGUAUAAGAAAUUGCUC